AUGGGUAAAGCUGUCAAUGCAGCUUACGGAAUACAAAAUCUCGUAGAAGUGGUCAGCUGUUUCGUGAGCAUCGUGACGUACAUUUAUAUCAAUGUUGUCGUCUUCUUAAAUUUGAAGGUGGUGUGGCCUGAAAUACCGAGCAAUCAAGUCAUUAUCAUGUUCUCUAUGUGGACUGGACUAAUGGUUGGGCGUCUGCUCACCACAGCCUACAGCAGCGACAUGGUCGUGCAAGAGACCGCCCGCACUCAGCGGCUGGUCCAGAAACUUCUGCUCCUACCGCUGCCUGCUAGAAGCGGCUGUCCAGACGAGCUGCAGCUCUUCAGAGAGCAGAUGGCGCGCAGUCGGCUGCGCUACAGCGCAGCGGGCUUCUUCACGCUCGACCUGUCUCUGCUGAGGAGCUUCACAGCCACCGUCACCACCUAUGUCGUCAUCCUCGUCCAAUUCGGACUGUCUGGCGCGAGCAAGCAGCAAAGUGGCAGCGCCGCUGAAUGUAGAUGUUAA